CAUAGAGCAAGUUGCACCUGUCACACUCAGGAGUCUGGUAUAGAGGACCUAACAUGCAAGAUAGUUCAUAAGAAGACAACUAUAAGAGCGGCCAUGCUACGGAGAAGCAGGAACAGCCGAGCUCCGCACUACGUGUGGAGUGACAUCCGACGAGACAUUGACGCCGUGGUACUGGGGAAUGACAGAGAAGAGUGGGGCAACGAACACACACAGAUCAGCGACUCGGACUCAGAAGUGGAUUACCUGACCGUCACCCCGGAGGUGACAGACGUUGUGCCCGACACGGUGCCUGUGACAGGGGAGUCCUACUGUCACUGUGAUGCCCAGGAGGAAACAAGCCCUGGGGCUCUGCUGCAGGGCUUCCAGCCCCUCAAUGACUGCCUGUGUGGAGAGGAGGACCAGGGUUUCGACUGGGUGUGGGACGAGGCCGUCAAGUCCAAUGCAGCGCUCCUGAGCUGUGACAACCGCAAGGUGAGCUUCCACUCUGAGUACAGCUGUGGCACAGCCGCCAUCCGCGGCACCAAGGAGCUGACAGAUGGACAGCACUUCUGGGAGAUCAAGAUGACGUCACCCGUCUAUGGCACAGACAUGAUGGUGGGCAUCGGGACCGCUGAGGUCAACCUGGACAAGUUCCAACACAGUUUUUGCAGUAUGCUGGGGAUGGACGAGGACAGCUGGGGACUUUCCUACACAGGUAUGCUUCAGCACAAAGGGGACAAGGUGAAUUUCUCGUCCCGUUUUGGCCAAGGCUCCAUCAUAGGGCUGCACCUUGACACGUGGCAUGGAACCCUUACCUUCUAUAAGAACCGCCGCUGUAUAGGUGUGGCCGCCACCAGGCUGCAGAAUAAGAAGUUCUACCCUGUGGUGUGCUCCACUGCAGCCAAGAGCAGUAUGAAGGUGAUCCGGUCCUGCUACACGCCCACCUCCCUGCAGUACCUCUCUUGCUCUCGCUUGCGCCAGCAGCGGCCCGACUGCCCUGACAUCCUGAACGUGCUGCCCCUGCCCCCGGGCCUGCGCCACCUCCUCCACAACCAGCUUGGCUGGGUGUUUACCCUCAGUAACGGCGCCCCCGAGCAGUCUGAGGACUUGAUGGAGGACUUGAAUGAAGACUUCUUUGAUGACUUUGCAGUGGAGUUGCCUGAUGACUUGCCUGAGGAGCCUAGUCCAUGCCCGAGCCCCUGUCUCAGCCAGGUGCCCACCCUAAGUGCCUGCUCCUUCCCUAGCCCUGUACCCAAUCAUGCCAAUGCCCCUGCCUCCUCUCGUCCAGUUCCCAGCCCUUCCUCUCCCUGUGCCCCUGCCUGCCCACCCUUCCAGGGAGCAACUCAGACAGUGAGGACAUGACUUUUCUUUUCAGAUAUCCACUCAAAUGUUAGAUAAAGUUGGCACUUUAUCUCUUCUGAACCUUUCUAUAUAUGCCAUUACCAUCUACUGGUGGAAAAGUCCACAAGAGUGAAAGAGUUUUAUCUUAGCUCAGAUUUCUAAGCACUUUAAGACUUUCUGAGUGGAUUGCUCGCUCACCCUCGAGACUGUCCUUCCAAACUCUCCCCAGUUUGCCUGGCUGAAGGGAAGGGGAAGACAGCCACCCCGGAUAUCCACCACCCCGCUCAAGUCAGAUGACUUAGUUCUAAAUCUAAUGUUAUCUACUGUAUGUACACUCCCUAUACUGAAUGAUUGGAUCCCUUGAUAAAGAUGAGCAAAAAAGGCACUAUAAAAUAUAAUACAAAUA